AUGAUUAAUGGGAGAGAGGCAAAUCCUAACUCCGAGAAAGAUAUUAAUUAUUUUUUGGAUGUGAACAAUAACGAAGAAAAAAAAGAUUGGGAAGAAAGUGUUGCUCUUCUCAGUCAGCCCCCUAUCAUUCGUUUUAAUGGCUAUGGUGGUUUUGUUACCAAAAAAGACCUUGAAAAUUCCUCAGAAGGAAUAGAAACAUUUGGUUUAACUACCUGUAAUAGACCGUUCGAGAGUGCAGUGGAAACUAUUGUCCACGAAUUGGCUCACUCCAUCGUUGAUGCCAUGUUGAUUAAAUAUGAUGGUGAAGAAGGAGGAGGCCACGGAAAAUUAUUUUAUGACUUAAUGGAAGAUAUUGAUAAAAUGGUUCGAGAAACCCCCGAAUUUAAGGAAUUUGAGGCUUGA